UUUUCUGUCAAUACAAUAAAGCGCAAAGUUUUGCCGGGGAAACUCAAAAAAAUGGAGAAAUCAAAUUCCAAUUCAAGUUCAACUUCCAACUCCAAUCACCACCGGAAUUUUCCGAAGCAUAAUAGCCACUUAUCAAUGUCGGACACUGACUCACAGGUAAGUCAAAUGGACUCCUUCCACUCACCACUCCGUUUCGAAUCGCUGUUGUGUUCCGAUGACCCUCUUCCCGAUCACCGUGCCACGAAAUCGCUCUCUUCAAAAGCCCUGGUUUCUGUAGAAAAGUACUACUCUCCAGUUCGAUCUCCACAUAAACUUUCCUUGGAGAAUUUAAGCUCACCUCCGACACCUACUCAGCCGUCGGAAGCCGGAAACAAGGAUCGGAAUUCUCAGGGAGUUUAUUUUAGUAGGCCGGGUAGGGAGGAUGUAACUAACGGAGUGACCAAAGUGGGACCGGUUCGUGGUGGUGACGUGGAAGGUGGAGAAAUGGAAGGGGAGAGACCUCCGAGGACAGGGCGUUCGAAGAGGGAAUUGACGCUGACCAGAGCGGCGUUAGGGUUUAGGGUUUGUGAGUUUGUUUUGUGCUUGAUUUCCUUCUCAGUUAUGGCAUCUGAUAAAACUGAAGGUUGGAGUGGUGACUCUUUUGAUCGAUACAAAGAGUACAGGUAUUGUGUUGCUGUGAAUGCUAUUGGAUUUGCAUAUUCUGGAAUUCAAGUGUUUGAUCUGAUUUACAAUUUAGCAAGUCGGAAACACUUCCUCUCUCACUACACGCGAUAUCAUUUUGAUUUCUUAAUGGAUCAGAUAUUGGCUUAUCUGAUAAUGUCAGCAUCUUCUUCAGCUGCAACGAGGGCAUAUGACUGGAUAUCAAAUUGGGGAAAAGAUGAGUUUACAGAGAUGGCAUCUGCAUCUAUUGGGGUGUCCUUCCUGGCUUUUACGGCCUUUGCAUUUAGCUCUCUCAUUUCUGGUUACAACUUCUGCAACAGAAACGCCUCAUGAUGCAGCAAUGAGUUUGUAUCCAUUUAUUCGUUGAGUAUAUUUGAGAAUCGCCACAUAAAAUCAUAUUUCUAGCUUGAGCAGCUGUACAGAAGUAGUGAAUAGAUUCAACUAUAUAACUUUUCCUUCCUACUACAAGUAAAUAAUAUGUGCAAA